AUGCCUGCAGCUUCAGUGGCCCCUGAUGAAACUCAGGCUGCCGAGGAACACUAUAACAAUUGGCCAAAUACUCAAGGCUUCGACCCCGAGUACGAAGAACGCAAGCCGGUUGAACUCCCUGUGACUGGGCAGAUCCCAGUUUAUGCUGCCGGAACCUUGUAUCGUACCGGUCCUGGAAAAAGCAAAGUCGAGACGGAAAAAGGGGAAUCCUUUCAAUUGUCUCACUGGUUCGAUGGGUUUAACCAGAUGCAUCGCUUCCAGAUCAUGGCCCCAGAUGACUCCCACCCAUCCACUCGCGUUUUCUACAACUCCCGAUUCUCAACCGAUGCUCUGAUCGAGGAGGUGCGGAAGACGGGAUCUUUGGUGAAACUCGGCUUCGGCCAGAAACGCGAUCCCUGCAAGAGUGUGUUCGGUAAGAUCCAAAGCGAAUAUGUCCCAAAUCACACUCCAUCCUCAAUGAACAUUGGCGUGACACUUUCUGUCAACAUGCCCGGACUCGGAGAUAAUCCCGGAGAGGAAUCAACCCAGCGUUGGGCUAGUUCCAAGGGGGUCAAGACCCUCUAUGCCAAAACCGAUUACAACGCCUUUGCAAAGAUCGACCCGGAGAGUUUGGAGCCUAUUGGCCUCGCUUCUCAGGCUAAUCUUCAUCCUGACCUUAACGGACCCCUGUCGGCAUCGCACGCCCGAUCGGAUCCCGUCACUGGAGAUGUGUUCAACUUCAAUCUCACAGUUGGUCAAGUUUCAACAUACCGAGUUUUCGGCGUGUCUGCCUCGACGGGAAAAACGACAAUCCUUGCUACUUUCCCAGGAAUUCCGGCAUAUCUUCAUUCGCUGCUGAUCACCGAAGAUUAUGUGUUGCUCUGUGUCUGGAAUGCGCAUCUGAAUCCACUGGCCUUUGCCGAUGGGUCUUUCAUGGAUGCAAUCAUCCCCACGGACUCGAAUAAGCCGGCGACAUGGUAUGUCAUUGACCGCAAACACGGACGGGGACUAGUUACAACGUAUGAAAGCCCUGCAUUCUUUUGCUUCCACACCAUCAACGCAUGGCAGGAGCCGUCUAAGGAGGACCCUGGCAAGGUGGACAUCGUUGCGGACUUGGUCAAGUUGGAGAGUACCGAAUUCUUGAAGACUCUAUACUACGAAAACCUCAUUUCCAUGUCAGCCACGGCCAAGGCUCUACAGGAGGAAAGAGACGAUUCUUUGCGUUCGUCUUUCGCACGGUUCCGCCUGCCGGCCGUGCCUUCAGCCCCAGUGGCCGAUAUCAAACAAGCCAAAGAGGAAUGGGUCAUCUGCAAAGCAUUCUCGCCGGAAUUGCCGACGAUGAACCCCACGCUUGUAACCCAGAAACACCGAUAUGUAUAUUCUACCACAUUCCGUGGCGAAGCAACCAUCAUAGACGGUAUUAUGAAACUCGACUGCGAUACCCACGAAACUCGUCUGUGGACGCGCCACGGCCACUCAACCGGCGAGCCGAUCUUUGUCGCUAACCCGGAUGGUGUUAGCGAGGACGACGGAGUGCUUCUCAGUGUGGUGCUGGACGGAAUGCGAGGCAAAAGCUAUCUUUUGUGUCUGGAUGCUCGAGACUUGACCGAGCUGGGCCGUGCGGAUGUGAAUGGCGCUAUAGGAUUUGGAUUUCAUGGACAACAUAUCCCGAAGAUCGGUGUGCCCUCUGGCGAUUACUAG